AAAAGAAUGAGUGUAAACUGUUCUGAUUGUUACUGCUGAGUUCGAUGCUGCAGGUCUAUUUAAAACCACUGAUGGGACUAGAAAGAAAAAGAAACUCAUUCUUCCACCCUCUACUGCUGAUCCUGUUAUUGGCCACAGUAUUUGUCAAGACUCGUCCACAACAGACAACCAUACACGGCUUAAUGACUGCAAGUUGUGAUGAAGGAACAAAAGUUGCACCUGAGAUCCUCGUGCUGCUCAGGCUCCUGGGCUCAGGAAGCAGGUGUCCACUUCAGGAAGAGAGUUCCAUGUGAACAAAACCAAUUGGAUUUUCUCAGCCUUUGUUUUGGCGGCAGUGGAACAGGAGGCUGUGACUGUGACAGGGGUGGACAAGGGAGGAGAGAACAGGAGGCAGAGGGAGGGAGAGGCGGGCGAGGGGGUGAGGACGGGGCCAGGAUGACCUGGAAGCGUGCCCCUAGGAGCGUUUAUAAACAUGGCCCCUCCACUCAGCUACGGCUCAUUGUUUACAUCCAUCUUUACAUGCCAUUCCUGCCUGGAUGUUCCUGCAGAGUGACAGCACAGCAGACACUCUCACAGCUGAGCAUCUUUUCAUUUCUCUCUCUCCAUUUUUUUUCAUUUUUGGUUCUGGCAACCAAAAAAUUUUUCCUCUUUAAAAUUUUAAAAAUCCAGCUGUCAUCAUUUCUCCUCCAUCAGUCAUGUACAGCUCCAGCUACCCCCGGGCUAAAUACAGCCUGGAGUCCAGGGAGCCCCUGCACAGGUCCAAGGGACAGAGCUGCAGCUACUACUUGAAGAUUAUUUUCUUCUUUUCCUCCCUGAUCCAGUCUCUGAUCAUUGUCAGUCUGGUGCUUUUCCUCAUCUACGGACAGCCAGAGAAGUCUGCAGAGGAACGAAGGGUGGAGGAGCUGGAGCAGAAUUUCAACAGGCUGAGUGACAUCAACGUCCAGCUGAGAAAGGACAAAAGUGACCUGGGAGCUCAGCUGACAGCACUCACCGCACAGAAAACUGCCGUGGAGAAGGAGAUGGAGAAGAACAAAGCUGCUGCCAACACCACUGAAAAUCUGCUGAAAGUUAAACUGGCAGCCUGUGAGAGAUCAAGUGCGACCACACUCAGCAUGAUAGCAAGGCGACCGACCCCUCCGAUCCAGGCCCCCGUCGUAAUAGCGCCUAAUAAUCAAAUUCAGACACUGCAGAGCCUCAAUGCUCAGCAGAGCGCCAUGAUUACUCUGAUCAAGGCAAAUUUCACUCAGACCGUUCAGUACCUGAGCCAGGAGAGGGACAACGCCCUGAGGGACAGAGACACUCACCACCAGGAGGCCAUCACUCUACGCAGGGAGAACAGCAUGCUCACUGAGCAGCUCGCCGGCUACAGCAGGAAGUGCAAAGAAGACUUUGUUCAGUCUUUGGACGGCAUCAGCACGGUGACCAAGGAGUUCCUGAACCGCAUCAACAACCUGUUCCCACACCAGCUCACCUUUCACCUGAGCUGCAGCAGCCAACAGGAACAGAUGGAGAAGAUACGGAGCAGCUGCUCCAACCUGUCCAGAGACGUGGAGAACAAGUUCCAGAUUUAUCUGGACAACGUGGGCAACAAGAUCACACAGAUCCAGGCGCUGUCCACUCGUCUGGAGGUGCAGAAUUCAUACACAGCCGCAGAUCUGAAGGAGUGUGAGCGAGAUCGCAGUGAGAAGAUGGCUAACUCUGCCUCACAGCUGCAGCAGAUGCAGAGGACACACGACGACCAGAUGGAAAAAUAUCUGAGGGAGCAAACCCGGCUGAGGAAUGAGAAGCAGCUUCUGGAAGACAGUUUGGCCCUGAAGGAGCAGGAGCUAAAGACGCCGAAGCAGCAGUUGCCUUGUGCUCAGCCCAGUUUGAAGGGACGAUGAGACCAGUCUGUGGAGUAAAGGAAGAAGUUCACCGACCUUUGGCCUUUGACCUGUUGUUAAAACAACUCCGUAAUAAUGUACAGUCUCCAUACGCAGCGCACACACACACACACACACACACACACACACCCUGUAAAUACUUCAUUAUCUGACAACUGCUGUUUUCUUGUGAACAUAUUCUGUCAGUUUUACCCUCAGACUUUUGUUUAGAUUUGAAUGACACUGGUGUAAAUAAUGUUUGUGAUUUUAGAAAAACUAACACUGGAAAAUUUGAAUUAAAACAAAUAAACAAAAAG